AUGUUUCCGACCGUCGCGCCAUUCCCUCCGGUUCAGCCGCACCACCUCCAUCACUAUCCUACCCACGAUGCCCUUCACCAACCCCCGUACGACCUGAAUGACCCGGCCUUCCCCGCCCGCAACGAUCCCUCGAAACCUUUCUUCAACCCAUCCCGAUCACGUCUCCAACUGCCACACCCCGUACAACGACUGGACGCUCGCGAUGCCUCCGGGUCUGGCUCGAAUGCCACCGGCGAACAUGCACUACGAAGGAAGACCCCGAACGGUACCCUAGCUGCCGGCUACGAUGGAACUCUAGGCGAAUCGACCCUCCAACCCGCGACAAAGCACAUCUUGGUUUCGCCCAUGGACUCGGGACAAUUCCUCUCGCCCCAGGGCAUGCCGACCGACACCUGGCAGCAGCAGAUCAUGGACCCAUCCACCUCGAAACAUAUGAACUUUCCCCCGGUCUUCAAGAACGAGGCGUGCAAUCCUAUCGCUCCUGGAGAGGUAGUUCAAGAUGUAAACGGCACAAGCUGGGUCCGCCCGGUGAAUUACCCGCCCGGGAUCGACUCGAUGCUUAACCAAAGUUUGCCUCUGCAGGCCUCGCAGCGGUUUCUGUUGCAGAAUGGUUCCUAUAUCCCUACCGUUCUUCCAGCGACCCUCCAGCCUUGCGUGGGGCCGACCGCGUCAGCAGGCACGGGCCCAUUUGGCCCAUAUUGGCCUGAUGGGGCCUACAUCCCAUAUCGUCCUGUGGCUUUUCGGGAGCCGCGAUUUGGAACGCCCGAGCCGAACGCCCAGGCAUUUUAUGAUCUUAGCCAGCCAGCGUUCAAUCAGCCUCAAAUCCCACUCGCUAGUCGGGCGGAUACAGGCUUUGCAUGGGGCCAACAGCCUGGGAUGCCAACCCAGGAUCCGAUGAUAAAAGCCCAUUUCCCCCCCUCGUCACUCUGA